AUGCAGGCUCCUGUAACAGAGGUUGUGCUUGCUACUGCUGGAUACGACCACACUAUUCGGUUUUGGGAAGCACUUAGUGGGAUUUGUCUACGAACAAUCCAGCACUCGGAUUCGGUCAACAGACUUGCCAUCUCGCCAGAUAAGCGUUUCUUGGCAGCUGCAGGAAAUCCAAAUGUCCGUUUAUAUGAUAUACAGUCAAACAAUCCAAGUCCCGCCAUGACAUUUGAAGGUCAUACUGGAAAUAUUACAUCCAUUGCAUUUCAGUCUGCUGGGCGUUGGAUUGUUACUGGAAGUGAGGAUGGAACGAUCAAGGUUUUUGAUGUCAGAGCACCCGGUAUCCAGCGUGACUAUGAGCUAAAGUCACCAGUCAAUGAUGUUAUUAUUCAUCCUAACCAAGGCGAGUUGGUCUCGUGUGAUCAAAACGGAUCCAUUCGUAUUUGGGAUCUAGCGGAAAACUCUUGUACACAUGAGUUGGUUCCUGAAGAGGAUAUUCCAGUUCGAUCAGUAACUAUGGCGGCAGAUGGAUCGCUCUUGGUGGCUGCUAACAACAAGGGAAACUACUAUGUUUGGCGAACCAGAGCAGGAAAUGACACGACAGAGUUUGAAGCACUUACAAAGGUGUCUGCGCAUGACAAAUACAUCACAAAGUGUUUACUUAGUCCUGACAACAGGCAAGAUAUAGAUCUCAUUACGAUACUACUUGCUACGUGCUCAGCAGACCACACUGUUAAGAUUUGGGAUGCAAGUCGAUACCGAUUCAGUCUUGAUAAAACAUUGCAAGGACAUCAGCGAUGGGUAUGGGAUUGUGCAUUUUCUGCCGAUUCAGCCUAUCUUGUCACAGGAUCGUCUGAUCAUACUGCUCGACUGUGGGAUCUAUCGUCGGGUGAUGCAAUUCGACAUUACAAUGGCCAUCAGAAAGCAGUUGUAUGUGUCGCACUUCACGAUGUGAGUGUAAUGUAAUCCUAACAUUUCUCAUGGCUUUCAAUAAAAAUCAUAAUUGCCACCGU